UGUUUCCUUAGCAGCCUCUGCGUACGGCUCGCAGGGGGAAGCGCUGCUGUUGUUGUUUCGUCGCGUUUGUGUUUAUAUCUUUUAUUUAUCUGUUUUUCGUUUGUUCGAGGCUAUGGUAUGGUGUUCGGCGGAGACGUCGGCGUGUCGGUUGCUGAGAACGAGCCUGCGUGCCGUCGCUGGGUCGCGUAGCGUAAGAUGGAGCCGCCAAAGUUUCCCUGUUGUACAGUAAACACACGCGUAGCUACGUGAGAGCGAGUGAGUUGUGAAGUAACUUAACGGUAUAUUUACGAGGCGGUCGAGUGCUGUUCCUCCAGUCCGUCGACGCAGCUCUCCGCAACGCCUCUUCAGCUCGCUCGCCCCCAGCACCACACGGACUCCCGGCUGAAGGGAUGCCGCUGUCCGCGUAAGCAGCUUCGGGGAGCCGCUAGUGCCGCUCGCUCGCACCUUAACGCGGUUUAGGACGUUUAACUCCCAUUAUUUCCCGUAAUUUUCCCACAGGGACGCGCAGGAGAGCCGGGCAGAGAGCCUCGUUUCUCCAGAGACGCUCGAGUCAUUUGAGUUUGAGUUUUGCUGUGUUACAGCUACGAGACUUUACUAGUCAGGAGCGAUUGGUUGUUCAGGCAUCUGGGAUACUUCAGCACGACUAGAUGCGGGCAUCUCACACCUGACAGAAGGCUGCCUUGCUGAGGGGACUUGGUCACAUCAGGACUUCCUGUUUCAGUGACCUCCAGCCUCUCUGAUGGAGCUCCAACUGGCUUCCUUGGUGCUUGCCACGCUGCUGACCUUCCUGACCUCUGAAGUGACACUGUCCCUAGGACAGAAGGUUUACACCAACACAUGGGCCGUCCACAUCGCUGGAGGAGAGGAGGAAGCCAACAGGAUAGCCAGAAAGCAUGGCUUCGUUAACCAUGGCAAUGUAUUUGGAGAUUACUAUCAUUUCCGGCACCGCAGGGUGGUGAAGAGGUCUUUAUCGGAACACAGAGGAACACACAUUCGCCUUCACAGAGAACCCCAGGUAACAUGGGUAGAACAGCAGGUGGUGAAGCAGAGGAAGAAGAGGGAUAUUUACACCGAGCCAGCUGACCCCAAGUUUGCACAGCAAUGGUACCUGUACAAUAGCAACCAUCGUGACCUCAAUGUGAAGGAGGCCUGGAAGCAAGGUGUUACCGGACAGGGCGUGGUGGUGUCCAUAUUGGAUGAUGGAAUUGAAAAGAACCAUCCAGACCUGGAGCAUAACUAUGAUCCUGAUGCCAGCUAUGACGUGAAUGAUGGGGACCCAGACCCUCAGCCCCGAUACACCCAGCUUAAUGAUAACAGACAUGGGACGCGAUGUGCUGGAGAAGUAGCUGCCAUUGCCAACAAUGACAUCUGUGGUGUCGGGGUGGCCUACAAUGCCAAGAUUGGAGGAGUGCGCAUGUUGGAUGGAGAGGUGACUGAUGUGGUGGAGGCUCAGUCUCUCAGCCUAAAUCCUCAGCACAUCGACAUCUACAGUGCCAGCUGGGGACCAGAAGAUGAUGGCAAGACUGUGGAUGGCCCCGCAAAGCUGGCUAAAGAGGCUUUUCUACGAGGAGUGACUGAGGGUCGCGGCGGACUCGGCUCCAUCUUCGUCUGGGCAUCAGGUAACGGCGGGCGAGAGAAGGACAGCUGCAACUGUGAUGGCUACACCAACAGCAUCUACACUCUGUCCAUUAGCAGCAGCACGCAGUACGGGAACGUGCCGUGGUACAGUGAGGCCUGCUCCUCCACCCUCGCCACCACCUACAGCAGUGGAGGACUCAACGAGAAACAGAUUAUCACUACAGAUCUCAGACAGAAGUGCACAGACUCUCACACAGGCACCUCGGCUUCAGCUCCUCUGGCUGCAGGCAUCAUCGCCCUCGCCCUUGAGGCCAACAAAAACCUGACGUGGAGAGAUAUGCAGCACCUGGUUGUGAGAACCUCUAACCCAGCCCACCUGAUCACCAACGACUGGAGAACCAAUGGGGUUGGCCGUCAAGUAAGCCACUCAUACGGAUAUGGCUUGCUGGAUGCUGCUGCCAUUGUGUCUCUGGCCAAGAACUGGACCAAUGUUGGCCCUCAGCAGAAAUGCGUCCUCUCCUUAGUGUCUGAGCCCAGGAACAUUGGUAACCACCUGGUGAUCUCCAAGAGCGUGGAUGCGUGUGCAGGAAAGCCCAACUUUGUGAGCUCUCUGGAGCAUGCUCAGGCACGGCUCACGCUGUCCUACAACCGGCGAGGAAAUCUGGCCAUCUACCUGAUCAGCCCACAGGGCACCCGGUCCACUCUGCUUGCUCCCAGACCUCAUGACUACUCCUCUGAAGGCUUCAACGACUGGGCCUUCAUGACCACCCACUCUUGGGAUGAGGACCCUCGUGGCGAGUGGACCCUGGAGAUUGAAAAUGUGGCUGGAGCCAGCGACUACGGCACGCUCACCCAGUUCACACUGGUCCUUUAUGGCACUGCUUCCUCCUCCGGUGGACCGUCCACACCAGACUUCAGCCAGCCCACUGAGGGCAGUUGCAAGACCUACGACCUCAGUCAGAUGUGCACAGAAUGCAACCCGGGCUUUUACCUGUUCCAGCAGGGCUGUGUACGAGAAUGUCCCUCUGGUUUCACACCAGUCACCCGCUCCACAUACUACGGCAACGAGGUGUCUCCCGUCCUCCACCUGGCUUGCCAGCCCUGCUACAACCUCUGCCUGACCUGCAGUGGCACAGGCCCGCAGGACUGUCUCUCCUGUCCCCCUCAUAACCACCUGGACCCAGUCACCAGCACCUGCCUGCACCAGAACCAAAUCCAGCGCGAGUCACCUGCCAGCGGUCUGGAUCAGCAGCGGGCAGGGGGCUCGUCCGGGGUCAUCCGCCUGCAGCUCCUUUCCAGCCUGCCUGUCACCAUGGCGGUGAUCAGCUGUGCCUUCAUUGUGGCCACCUUUGUGGGCGUGUUCGCCCUGCUUCAGUUGCGCUCCCACAACUUGUCCAAAAUGUACUCAGCCGAGGGUGGCCCGGGCUCUAUCAUGCGCUCUGGCUUUGGCCUAGGCCGCAGCGGGGUCGUGUCCUACAAGGGCAUCCCUAGCGUGUGGCACGAGGAUGGGGUCAACUCAGAGUCCGAAAAUGAAGAGUUUGACAUCCACAAUGAGAGGACUGCCUUUAUCAAAACACAAAGUGCUCUUUAACCCCUUUUCACCCUCCCACUCCCUUUUCUAGCCUAUUCCGUCUUUUUGUUCGCCCUUUUUCUUCUUUUUGUAGCCACUGACACUUUUUUCCUUCACGGGUUUGACUCUCCUGCUUCUCUUAAGGCACACUGACCCAACACUUCCCAACAAAUGCUGACAUUGUUGGCGGCUGGCUUUAUAAUUGAGCCAAAUGAGCUGGUGUGCAUUGACAUACCCAGGCCCUGUGUUCUUUUGUAGUUACUGUUGCCAGGUUGGACAAGCUUUAAAGAAGGUUGGCCAAAAUCUCAUUCAACAUAAUGAGAAAUUGUAACGAACUUUGCUUAGAGUCGCUACAGUGUUGAGGUUUAGAGCUUAAUGUCAAAGCUAGACUAUGUUGUAGAUUAUUUAGAUAAGUCAGAUUGGAAAUACAUUUUUGGCAAAGUUCUUUAAAGCUUAUCCAGCCUUGCAGCAGUUUCUACUGUUGAAUGCAUUUGUGGGCUGAGCAUGAAUAGGCCAGUUAGGGAGAACAUUUCAGAGCAAUGGUCACCAACCCUCCUCCUGGAGAACUACUUUCCUGCAGAGAUUAUUUCCACCCUAAAUGCACCAAGCUAAUCCUGGACUUCCACAGAAGUUCAUUAGCUGCAGCAUAUGUGGUAGAUUGUGGUUGGAACUAGACUCAGGUAGGUAAAUCUCCAAGACCAGGGCUGGUGACCGCUAUUCACUCCAACAAUCAAACACAUGCCCAGUCUUAGUAUGUUGGAGAGUGUUAGGUCAGCGUGCUCAGGGCUUUAGGGUUCUAUUUAUUAAAAUUUUUGUUUUGAAUUUCUCACAUUGGUGAGCUGAGCUGAACAGAAGGUCAGGACCACUCUGAGUAAACCCGUUUGUCCCACCCUUCCUCGCUCACCUGACCGGCUCACUCGUCUGUGCCUCUCUAUGAAAGCCUCCAACACUUGAAUGGCUGUAAAGUAACUGAGAAGAGUUGAUUGUCGCAGGUUGCCAGCAGUGCUCUCCCAAAUGAACACAAUAAACACAUGAUUGUCGGCUAGUCUUUCCCUCUUUAUUUAGUCCCGUCUCAGAUUGCCUAACGAGAUUUAAGGAGAAGAUGUGUGUAAUUGUGACCAUAUGCGAUGUAACGGAGCUGGGGCAAAGGGUGCCGAGUGAUGUUUUAAUCACAGCUGAUUCAUUUCAAGUCUAGUGAAUCACUGUGGAGGGGCCUAAAACGCUGAAUUUAAGCCUUGCCUAUGCUGGGGGCCUUUUUUGUUUUUAAUCAUAUCUUUUUAUCUGCGUUCUUUUGCGAUUAGUCGUCUGGAGUCAUGAGGUUAGCAUGCAUCUCACACAAAGCGCAGACCCUGAGCGAGAUGCUCCCACAGAGCAUUGAAAAUGCUGAACUCGUGUGAUUUUUGUUUUUCCUUUUUUCUUUAUUUUCCGAAGGCAGUUUAAACUGCAGUAACCUCGUGCUCUCUCGUUGACUCCCUGUAGGGGACUUGUCUCCGUACACUCUGGCAGCUGCUCUAAGCUCGUUCUGCAGCAUUUCUCCAGAGCUGAAGACUUUUGCAAUUCUGUUUUGCAGUUGAAGCUUUGGGAAGGAUAAAAACACUAGCGGAGUCUCUCAGCGUUGCCCUGAGGAGAUUGAGAUGAGGCACUUUGUUAGUUUGGAUUAUCUUUAUAUCGUGUAGACAUAGUGAAGUCUUUUGCCACCGUUUAAGUGACUUUUACUUGUUUUUAUUUGGAAAAACUACAAGGGCUCAAGUGAACCUAUGAUCAUUUUAAUGCAGCUAUUAGAUGAGUGAGGCAGGGAAUCGGAAUAAAUUAUCCUUUGAUCUGGUUAGAUGAGUAGAGAAUUAGUCAGGUUAAUAUUUAUCAUCUCUUAUUUCUGGUGGUGUGCUUUGGCCUUGUGUUUAAUUUUUAAUUUUUUUUCAUAUUUUUGUCUUUCUUUUUCUGUUCAUGCUCACGUAAUUAUGGUCUCACACAGGGCUGUCAUAGUCUUGGAGGCUGUGAGCUGUAUUUUUUUAGAAAGUAAAUAGUGACCACCUGGAAUAGGUGCAUUUGUUUGCAGAGGAUAUAUGAAUAUAUCAUGGACAGACUUUCCUUACAGCUUUUUUCUUAUGAAUUUGUAGCAUACAUAGCACUAUGAUUCUUUCAGUUCUUUCAAGAGUCUUCUAGCAGCAUUACACUAAGAACAGUCUGAAGGUCUUCUCUUCUGCACUCAUCAAAGCAUUGAUGCUAUUUCAGUGCUAGUUGCUACAACACUGUCUUUUCCCACAGUCUCCUGUGGAUGAUACUACAAUAUAAAACUCAGAAGGCUGCGAUGCUUGUAAAUGAGCCACCACCGUCUCUGAGCUCAGACUAUGGCAUACUAAACAGUCGGAAACAUUGACUCCAUCCUUUAGAAAUUGAUUUUCUGUCAUGAUUUUAUUUUAUUUAUUUCUUUUCCUGGACUGUGUGCUCAACCUUAAUUGUAAUGCCAAGGUUGCUAGAGCAAUAGGAUCUCUUUACAAUAUCUAACCAUAUUUAUGGCAAUUAAGUAUGUAGAGUUAUAAUUUUUUUAGGGAGUAUGACCUUCCCUAUUUUUAAAUCAUAGUUAAUUAAAUCCUGCCUUGGGAAGAUGUGUGAUUUAUCGAAGCUUCAAAGUGGUUUUAAGAUGUCUUAUUUUUUUUUUUCUUACCUCAGUUUUUUUUCAUUUCCUGCUUUAAUGUAAAUUGCAUAUGUAUAUAUUCACUUUUUCAUUUCCUCCUUUUAUAAUUAUUUCCUGUCUUUCUCAUCACUGUUCUCUCUAGAAUGAAUAUACAGAGUACAUGUUACAGGAAUCAGGAUGAAAUCAUAGAGCCGAUCACAACUCAUUAUACAUAAAGAACCAAAAAUGAUGCGUUAUAUGAUGUGCACAUUAUCAGUUCUGUCGUUCAUCAGAAGAAUCAAUUCGCUGUGUAGCUCUGUUUGAUGCUAAGCAUAUGCCUCCAAAGCUUCCUUUUCAUGUUUUUAACCAUCAAAAAGCUUCCUUAGUCCACUCUAUGCAGGACAAAUUCUCCUGUAAUUGGUCUCCACUGUCCACUCAUGCCGAUGUCAUCUGUAGGCCAUAGAGGAGAAGUUCUUUAUUUCUGAAUUCCAAUAACGAUUAAGAAUAGUUUCUCCAGAACGAAAGGCGUAUGAUCCAGCAUUGAUCUAGCAUUCUAAAAUAACAUUUUAAAAUUUUUUGUACAUACGCUACUGUUUGAAAGUUUGGAGUCACUGUUUUCAAUAAUAUAAAACCGGUUUUGUUGUAUAUGCAUGUAUAAAAAGCUGUAUAGCUUUGAGAAUUGGUUUAAAAUUUACAGUCGUAUGCAAAAUUUGUUUUUACAUGUUUUGUUGAUGUUAGGGACAAAUAGGGGACAAAUUUAAAUAUGGUAUUUUUCUGCAGAUUUUAGUGCACAGUCUCUAUUGAUUUAACAUAUUGGAAAAAUAUAUAACAUACAUAUACAUACAAACAAAAUCAUGAACAAAAAGGGGUUAAAAAAACUAAUCAAAACCAAAACAAUUUCAAAAAACACAAGUGUAAAACAUGACAAGUAUGCCAUAACUUUCACACAGACUACUUAUGUUAAACAUUAAUUAUAAAUUCAGCAAAUAAGCAGUAAUUGUACCUUAAAAUGCCAUAUUUAAGUGUGUUCACUGUAAAGGAUGUUUUCACUUCCACAACCAGUUUUUGACCAGGGUGCCCAAACUUUUGCACAUGACUUUAUAUCCAGAAUGCCUCAUAUUUGAGAAUGAGUGAUCAUGUUUCAUUGAUUAAAUAACUUUUUAGAAAUUUUACUAAAAAUUCACAGUAAUUUAAUGACAAGAAAUUACUAUAAAUAGAUCAUUGCAGUUUAUUGUUUAAUAACAUUUGUGUUACUUUACCAUUUGUUCCCAAAAUACUAUAAAUUGUGAAUAAACUGUUGGUUUACAUUUUACGUUUUUCAGUCUACACUGUACAAGUUAUUAUGCUGUGUUAUUAAUAUGACAAGUGAUUCCAAACUUUGACAUUAGUGUAUAAACCACACGUAAUAAGAAAUUCACAGUCUUGGAAUAUUGCAUGAACGAUACAAUAAUUGGAUUCUUUAUACAUCCUGACGGCACAUAAUGCUACAAUAUAAGUGAAGCUUAUAGAACAGACCUGUCAGUAAACAGUGUUGUUUUUCAAGGGCGCUAUAGGAACAUAUUUCUCUAGUCUACCCUUGGAACCUGCAUUGCAGCCUAACAGCAUGACAGCGUGCAAACAUCAGCCUUCUAUAGAGCCUAUUCUACAACAUUCAGAUACCUCUCCUAACUGUGACUUCCACUCAUGUCUCUUUUCCUUUAGUUCUCGGUUCUGUAUUGUACGCGGCCCUUGGAGUCCUGCAGGUCGUCGGUUUCGUCCCCAUGCUGUGUAGGAGUUGUGCUGCAGCUACAUGUCGGCCUUUGUGGAAUUUGCUGACAGGCUAGUAAAACUAAUGAGACCACCUUGACCUUGGCUUUAAGGUGUUUCUCUUCAUUCUUAAAGGAAUUUAACAGUGUUUUUCUAGCUAAUAUCUGUCUGCCUCAUCUGUAGUGUAGGGUCAGUUACCACAGACAAUCAUUUUAAUCUGUUUCCCUGUAAUGAGUUAGAGAACCCAAACCUGUUGGCUCAAAACGUGUAUAAUAGAAGCCAGUUGGCUUUUAUUAUAUGGCUGUUUUUUGAGUCAGUGGUAAGAGGCCAUAUAAUAUAGACAUAGCUGGUGGAGAUUAGCUCAGAAAACACUAGCAUAAGGUGGUUGCGAUCUUGCCAGUUUUCGUCUGGAGGUCACCCCCACCCACCCUGCGUAUAUGUUCUAUACGCACUCGUUGCUGGCACGACCUUCCCAGUGAGGAACGUGGGGUUGCCCUCAUGAUAUUAUAUAGAUGUGAUGCUCCAAAGGGCUUGAACGUCUGCCACCAUCCCCCCGCAGAGGGGGUUCAUCCAAGUUUGGCACAGCGGUGUCUCUCUCUCUCUCUCUUACCAAGCCUUUCGGAAUUCACCGGACUUCUCCGCCCAUUUUAAAUCGUUCUGUCGUCCGACGGCCACGUCUAGUACCUUAGUAACAGAGACCUAUUGUUUGUUGGAAAGACUAUAGUAUAUAUCUGAGACAGGACAACUACAUUAAUAUAAAAUAAGGCCUAUUUUUGUGUAUUGUCAUACAUGUAAUUUAAAGAUUUUGCCUUUUUAAUUUUUUUUCUCCUUUAUUUAAUUGAUGUCAAUAUGCGGAUUAUAGAUUCUACAAAAAUAAAGAUCUAUGCAAAGUUA